AUGGAUUGGGCUUGUGUAAUUUAUUUUGGAGCAUAUUAUCAAGCCACUGGAGGGGAAAAGAAAAGAAGGGUAUAUGGUCUUGGAGCGCAAGAUAAAUCAUUUUAUGGGACUAAUCUUUGUCCCUCAGCUUUUGGAACUGAUGCUUCAUCCUCAGUAUCAUGUACCAAUGCUCAAACAAUAGCAACAGAAAAUUUGGAUGACUUUAUGACACGAUUGAUUCCUUCACUGACUGAUCAAAUGGUUCCUGUACUUUUUGAGCGUUUACGUGGAUUGAUUUCUUCAACCUCAUCUCAGCCAAACACACACAUGACUCCUUUAACUUCCACUCCAGCUAAUGUUAAUGAGGCUCAUGCAUCAGUUUCGGAUGAAGAUUAA